UCCAUAAAGGUCAUCCCUGCAACCCUCAACAGCUCAGAGGGAGGAGCCAGACCAGCAGUGCCUGAUGUCCCGCCCUCUUCUGCCCUGAGCAGGUGGCUCCAUAAUGACAGUGGGUGAGGCCCUGGUACACUUCAGAGUCACUCCCCUGCUGCUCUGGUUUGGGGUGUGUCUGUUCAUUUCUGGUCACUGUCAGGCCAGGCCCUCCCAGCACUUCUCUUCCCCAGAGUUGGUGAUCCCCUUGAAGGUGACUGUCUGGGGCAGAAAUGCAAAGGUUCCAGGCUGGCUCUCCUAUAGCCUGCGAUUUGGGGGCCAAAGACACAUCGCCCACAUGAAGGUCAAGAAGCUCUUGAUUUCCAGACCCCUCCCAGUGUUCACCUACACAGACCAGCAUUCCCUGCACCAGGACCAGCCUUACCUUCCUGAUGACUGCUAUUAUCAUGGUUAUGUGGAGGGUGUUCCCAAGUCCCUGGUUGCCCUCAGUACCUGUUCUGGAGGUUUUCGAGGAGUACUACAGAUAAAUGAUCUUGCUUAUGAAAUUGAACCAGUUAGGUCUUCUGCCACAUUUGAACACUGGGUGUAUAGAAUAGACAUCGAUGAUACUCAGUUCCCACGUAAGAGAUGUGGGUUAACAGAAGAGGAAAUAGCACGCCAAUUGGAGUUGCAUAAUUUCACUCUGAAGCAAAGUUCUUACACAGGCUGGUGGACCCACUUGCUGUUUCUUGAGCUGGUAGUGAUUGUGGACAAUCUUCGAUUUGUUCACUUGGGAAGCAAUGUGUCAGUAGUACAAAUUGAGGUAGCUACUGUUGUCAAUGUAAUAAAUAGCCUGUAUCACCCUUUGGAAGUUGAUGUAACUUUAACUGGGCUUGAAAUCUGGACUGAAGGAAACCAAAUUGCCACUGAAAACAUGGAAAUAAUGUUGGAGGAUUUUGCUUUUUGGAAGUUUUUUAACCUUGAUAACCGACUGCCACAUGAUGCAGCCCAUCUUUUCAUAAAGAAAUCCUUUGGCAGGCAGCUUGGAUUGGCCUAUGUUGGUGGAGUAUGCCAGAAUCCUCUUAAUUGUGGAAUUAUUGUUUUCGAAGAUGAUAGUUUAUUUGAUUGUGGGCUUAUUGCUACCCAUGAACUUGGUCAUAAUUUAGGUAUGCUGCAUGAUACUGAAUUUUGUGUGUGUGAAUUUGAGUUUUGCAUAAUGUAUCCUGCCAAAGCAGUAACGAGUAAAUUCAGCAACUGCAGUUAUGGUGAAUUUUGGAACAAUGUGAUGAGGAAUGGAUUUUGUCUCAUCUCGCCUCCAAAUCCAGCAAAUAUCUUUAGGAUAAAGUAUUGUGGGAACCUAGUGGUCGAAGAAGGAGAGGAGUGUGACUGUGGAACCGUACAGCAAUGUAAACGUGAUCACUGCUGUCUGCCGGAUUGCACUCUGAAACCUGGAGCUGCUUGUGCUUUUGGGUCUUGCUGCAAAAACUGCAAGGUCAGGUCAGCAGGGACUUUGUGCAGAAAACAGAUCAAUGCAUGUGACCUUCCAGAGUGGUGCAAUGGGACAUCGCAUCAGUGCCCAGAAGAUGUAUAUGUGCAGGAUGGGAUUCCCUGUAGUGACAGUGCCUACUGCUAUAAAAAGAACUGUGUUAACCAUGAUGAACAGUGCAGGGAGAUUUUUGGCAAAGAUGCAAGGAGUGCAUCUUGGAGUUGCUACAAAGAAAUCAACACCCAAGGAAAUCGAUUUGGUCACUGUGGUAUCAGAGACAUAGAGUACAUAAAAUGUGAAGUCCCUGAUAUCCUGUGUGGGAGAGUUCAGUGUGAAAAUGUGGAAGUAAUUCCAAAUCUGACGGAACAUUCCACAGUGCAUCAGUUUCAAGUCAAUGACACCACUUGCUGGGGCACUGACUAUCACAUAGGAAUGUCCAUACCUGAUGUCGGCCAGGUGAAAGAUGGUACGAUGUGUGGUCAAAAAAAGAUCUGUGUUCACAGCAGGUGUGUCAGUAUGGUUCCUGAGCCACAAGCCUGUCAGCCUGAGACCUGCCACAUGAAGGGGGUUUGCAAUAGUAAGCAAGAGUGCCACUGCAACCCUGGAUGGGCACCUCCCUACUGCAAGGAUGAAGGCAGUGGAGGUAGUAAUAGUAGUGGCCCACCUGGUAAUCCCCAAGGAGAUGAGGAAGACGAGGCAGAACAGGCAGAGGAGACAAAAAUAGUAGAGAACAGUCACAUGUUACUGUGGCUUAUUCCUUUGAUUUGUUUAUUUGUAUGUUGCUUCCUUGUGCUUUGUAAGAAGCAUAAAAAGGAAAAGCCAGAAAUGAAGAAGGAAGAGGAAACGGAAGAAGAGAAUAUGGAAGAAGAAAGUGACUAA